AUGACUCCGCUUGGGUUGAUUUUGUUCGUCGGACUCACUUCGCAACUAGCUUCGGCCUUCCUGACGCCACAACAAAACGCAAAGUUGAACCAAGUCUGCUCGACAAACCCCGAUCUGUACGUAUGUGCACUAGCCGAGUACUUGGAUGCCAGUCUGACUGAGAUGGAGAGCUUCCCCGUCGCUGAUUCUAAGGGUAAGGAUGGGGUUGUAUACUGUAACUUUUUAAGGUUUUGUUGACUGUCAAUUUUAUUAAUACAGUAUCUUUUGUUAAUACCAUGAUCCUUGUAAUAGCAUGUGUCAUCAGUUUUCGGAAGAAAUUUUAUUUCCAAACCGGAUUCGUGUAAUCAGAAGCGUGACGCUUUAUUUCAAAAACUUUUGAUGAAAUUAAUGCCUGUAGGGCUUAGAAAUGAAAGUAGAGCUUAGAACCUUCUUCAAUAUUGUUUAUCAGAACCUUCUCUAAUAUCGUUAAUCACUUUAGACGCCGCUUCCGGCGACAAAGCCUUCGCCGCAGCCAGGAUGCAGAAGAGAAAGUCAGCCUUCGUGAGAUUCGGCAAAAGGGCACCAAACAGCGAGUUUGCACCAGUAAGUACUUAACUAUAUAAAAGAUAUAGACAUAUAGUGCUCUUGUUAGUAUGAUACUCAAGGUUUAUAUACACUUAAAAUUCAAAGUAUUUCAAGCCCAGUACUAAUUUAAUACUAACUAGUAUUAGCAUAGUACUAGGCUUAUAAAACUUAUAAUUUUAAAUUUUUUAUUUUUAGGCUGAACUACCCUUGAACAUCCCCCUAGAAGGCAUCCUCAACUCCCGACCCGCUCGCAAAAGCUCCUACAUUCGUUUCGGAUAA